CUCCUUUUUUCUUUGCUUCUAUACUAGAGGAAUCUCUCACCAGAGACAUGUUAUGGUCUCCUAGACUCUCUCUGUCUAACUUCCAUGUGAAGUUGACAGCCAAAGGAUUGUUCCGGAAUCUCCAACUCCUCUCAGGAUGCAAGAAGACCACGGUGGUGUUCCAUGCAGUGGACAAGAACAAGGCUCGGGGGGCGCCGUUGGCGAGGACCCUCUCCCAGACCAGCACCACUACUCAGGUAGGAGGACCCAGCCAACCCCAGCCGCCCCAACCAGACCUGGUCCCAGUCCCUGCCGUCCCUCUCCCAGUCCAGGGACCAGUGGUCUCGGCAUCCCGCACGGCCCGGGCUCUAGUGGAGGCUAAGCCGGCCACGGUGGCCCAGUACCGUGCCCAGUGUGAGAAGAAGAACCAGAGCCUUCAGCAGCUCCGACGGCUCCUGGAGCAGGGCAACCGUCGGAUAGAGGCCCUGGCUACCGUGGUGCAGCACCUCUUCACCGAGCGUGAAGAGACAUUGAAGCUGAAGAAAGGACUGUCCCUGGAGCUUUCUACCCUGCGCGAUGAGCUCAUCUCCUCGUCCCAGUGCUGUGAGCGGCUGCAGAAGGAGAAGGAGGAGGUGCGGGUGUCUCUGGAGGAGGUGGUGCGGAGGGUCCAGAGGGAUCACCAGGCUGAGCUGACCGGCCUGGAGGAGAGGCUCAAGGCCUUCUACCAGGCAGAGUGGGACAAGGUGCACCAGGCCUAUCAGGAGGAGGCGGACAAAUGCCGCGCCCUCAUGGAGCAGCAGCUGGAGGAGAUGAGGAGCAGACAGGAGACUCUGAGGAGAAAUUCUGAGGCCAGCCACGCUCAGCAGAUGGACACGCUCAGACUGUCCUACGACACCGCUGUCCAAGAACUCAGGAAAACCCUGGAACAGGACUUGGAGAACCUGGACAAAACACUAAAGGAAACGGAGGCCACUCUCACUGAGAAAAUCCAGGACCUCACGUUGGAGAACGAGGCGCUGAGCGAGAAGCUGCGAGCGGAGGAGGAGAGGAGGAGGAUUCUGGCAGAGAAGAACCUGAAGGACUCCCAUGUGUUGUAUCUGGGUCAGGAGCUGGAGAGUCUUAAGGUGGUUCUGGAGAUAAAGACCAAACGGCUUCAUCAACAGGACAAGAAACUCAUGCAGAUGGACAAGCUGAUGGAGAGCAACGUGAAGCUGGAGGAGCGUCUGAACAAAGUCCAGCAGGAGAACGAAGACUACAGGGCCCGCAUGGACAAACACACCGCACUCUCCAAGCAGUUAUCCAGUGAACAGGCCAUGCUGCAGCAGACCCUGCAGAAGGAAUCCAAGGUCAACAAGCGUCUCUCCAUGGAGAAUGAGGAGCUGCUGUGGAAGCUGCACAACGGAGACCUGGCCAGCCCCCGCCGCCUCUCUCCCUCCUCGCCCUUCCACUCGCCUGGCAACUCGGCUUCCUUCCCCACCGCCACAGCCCCACUCUCGCCCAGCAGAUAACCCAAACUGGAUACCAAGGGGACCGAGAGAAAGAGAGUGUGUGUGUGGAUACCCCCUCCAACACACCCUAGAGACAACCCCCCUCUACAGUCCCUUACCUCCUACCCCCCAGAUCACCAACCCCAGCCUCUCAAGGAGACAAAGCUAUUCCAAAAGCGGAUGGACUACUUCAUAUGAUGACGCUGCAGUUUUGGCUUCUGCCCACAAUGACUUGUACAGACGUUUUCUUUGCUCCCAGAAAGAGAAGACAAUGUUGCACAGAUGCACUUACUUAAAGCGUGGGGCAAUUCUGCCUUCGUUCUUUUCUGCCUGAUUUCUCUCACUUUUUUCCCCCUCAGCAGAGAGAAAGAACAGGCAGCUUAAACCUGAGGCUUCUCAGCUCCUUUUGAUUCAGGGUUUGUACAUAGCUUCUCAGCUCCUUUUGAUUCUCCUUCUUUUAUUUGUGCAUCGUGUUCCCCGCUCCACGAAUAAAGUUUGUGCGAAAAACCUUGGAUGUAGUUUUGAAAAUGUUAAAAUGGUAUAGGCCAGAGACGGAAGUGGAAGUGAGACAUCGCAUUCCCUUUUUUUCUGGUUCAUAUACAGUCAAUGAAAAAAAAAUCUAUGGUAAAUGGCCCGAGUGGGGCAUCUUCAUUUAUCCGCCAUCUUUGGUAGAGACUUUUAGGGUGACUUAUCGAAGAGCAGAGCUUUAUCCAACAAGCUUUUGACCCGUUGUAUAAACAGUCUCUAUCUGGGUGCGGAUAUUCAGUUAAAGUGAACUUUAAUCCCAACCCUUCAUCUCUCUACCGUAAUAAAGGUGUGGAAUGUAUUUACCCUUCUGUGCUGUAUCGCUCAGAAUGUUCCCGAUCCAAAACUCCACAACGUUGUGUUGAGCCAAUGUUCUCUCAGACCUCCCCACGUCUCCAAGAAUGCCUCAAACUGACUAUCAUUUUGUUUCAUUUUAAAAGGUAAAUAAACAAACGAUAAAAAAUACAAAUCUA